CCAUUACCACGUUGCGCAUGCACGGCGUUAUUGACCAGCUCCUGUGAAGGGGCCGGCCUUGGGCUCGGUUAUUGUGAGCGAGCCAUCCUAGAGGCUGCUGUCUGAUUAAACGCCGCGAAGGAAACAGGAAGAUUUGCACCCAGGAACAUCACAACAGGAUCUGACAAAGUCGCACGUUUUGUCUUGACCUGAACAUCAACGGAUUUUGAACAUGGAAGGAAAAAACACAAUUCCCAGUGGGGAGGAACCAUGGAAAUGUGGGGAUUGUGGAAGGGGAUUCAUUUCCUUGUCUGAGCUGGAAUCUCAUCAACACAGUCAUACAGGGGAAAGGCCAUUCAUCUGCUCCCAGUGUGGGAAGGGAUUCACUGAGUUAUCUAACCUCCUGAGCCACCAACGGGUUCACACCGGGGACAAACCAUUUAAAUGUCCAGAUUGUGGGAAGUGCUAUAAAUCUUCCAAAGACUUGGUGUCUCACCAACGUGCUCACACUGUAGAGAGACCAUUCAGGUGCUCUCACUGUGGAAAUGGGUUCAGGUUACCAUCCCAGCUCACUGUACAUCAGCGAAUUCACACUGGGGAGAGGCCAUUCAUCUGCUCAGAGUGUGGGAAAGGUUUUACCCGGUCAUCUGACCUACUUAAACACCAGCGGGGUCACACUGAGGAGAGACCAUUCCGGUGCUCUCACUGUGGGACAGGCUUCAAGCAAUCAUAUGAUCUCACUGUACACCAACGAAUUCACACUGGGGAGAGGCCAUACUCUUGCUCUGAGUGUGGGAAGGACUUCACUCGUUUGUCCAAUCUGCUCAGUCACCAACAAGUUCACACUGAUGAGAAACCUUUUAAAUGUCCAGAAUGUGGGAAGGGCUAUAAAAAUUCAUGGAAGCUGAAGUCCCAUCAACGUGUUCACUCUGAUGAGAGGCCGUUCAGAUGUUCUGACUGUGGGAUGAUGUUCAAGCGAUCGUUUCAACUCACUGUUCACCAGCGAAUUCACACUGGGGACGGGUUAUUCACCUGUUCCAAGUGUGGGAAGGGAUUCACUCAGUUAUCCAAUCUCCAGUCACAUCAGCUGGUUCAUACUGAUGAGAGGCCUUUUCAAUGCACAGACUGUGGAAAGAGUUUUAAAAGUUCUGCAGGGCUGAUCCGUCAUCAACGUAUUCACUCUGAUGAGAAACCGUUCAUGUGCUCUCAAUGUGGAGCUAGGUUCACGCAAUCAUAUACUCUCACUGUACACCAACGAGUUCACACUGGAGAGAGGCCAUUCACCUGUUCAGUGUGUGGGAAAGGAUUCCGUCGGGCAUCCAACCUACUGGAACACCAACGAGUUCACACCACGGAGAGACCUUUUAAAUGUCCAGACUGUGAGAAGAGCUUUAAAUGUUCAUCUAACCUGCACAAACACCGGCAAGUUCACACUGGAGAGAAACCAUUCACCUGUUCUGAGUGUGGGAAUGCAUUCACUCGGGUUUCCAGUCUCCUCAUACACCAGAGAGUUCACACUGGAGAAAGACCAUUCAACUGUUCCGAGUGUGGGAAGGGAUUCACUCAGUCAUCUGACCUGCUCAAACACCAGCAAGUUCGUACUAGAGAGAGACUAUUCACCUGCUGUUAUUGUGGGAAGGGAUUCACUUGGUCAUCUGACUUACUCAAACACCAGCGAAUUCACACUGGAGAGAGACCAUUCACCUGUUCUGAAUGUGGGAAGGGAUUCACUCGGUCAUCCAACCUGCGGAUACACCAGCUUGCUCACACAGGAGAGAGACCAAUCACGUGUUCUGAGUGCGGGAAAGGAUUUAAUCGGUCAUCCAGCCUGCUGCGACACCAGCGAGUUCACACUGGGGAGAGACCAUUCAUCUGUUCUGAAUGUGGAAGGGGAUUUAAUCGGUCAUCCAGUCUGCUGAGACACCAGCAAGUUCACACAGGGGAGAGACCAUUCACCUGUUCUGAGUGUGGGAAAGCAUUCACUCAGAGAACUCAUCUACUGAUACACCAGCGAGCUCACUCCGGAGAGAAGCUAUGAUCUAUGUGUGGGAAGGGAUUCACUUGGUUAUCCAAACUGUUAAUAUACCAGCAAAUUCACAAAGAACCACAGUUGAAGGAUUUUGCUCUUUCUCCCACCAAACAAUCAACUGUGGUCUUUGGGCUUUGGACUGAUAUUAUUAGUCCCUGCUCAAUUAAAGCUGCUGAUAUUGUGGAUAAAAUGGUAGUAACAAUUGUGUAUCUGUAGGGUAGGUUUUGGAAAUGAUCACAUUGUCAUUAUACAUCAACACAUUCACACUGAGCAAAGACUAUCCACCUGCACAGUCUGUAAAAAGGGAUUUCCUGGUUCAUCAAGACUGAUUAUCCAUCAAUUAGUUCCCAAGUAACUGUAGGAAUUUGUUUUUGAUGCUACUGUUGUUUGUAUUCCAAACCAUGUUUUUUGGGCCUUUUUCUGAUUUUUGUAAACACUACAUUUCUGGUUACCUAUUUGGGAGAAAGAUGAUAUAAAUCAGCUUUUUGUGAAAA